AUGAGAAGUAUCUAAUAAGCAAAUUAAGGACAAGCACCAAUAGGAAUUAAAGUAUGAUUAUCAUGUGAUUUUCUUAGUAAAUUGAUACUCAGAUAUAAAAAGUAAAGUCAGAACUGAAAAUUGAACAGUCAUAAGCAUUGGAACGAAGCAUGAGAGAGGCAAAAAUUAAUAAAGAUACUAACUUAGUGUUAAGCCAGAGACUUGAAAAAUUGUAGGAAGAAAAAGAAAAAUAUAAAAAGCAAACUGAUGAAAUCCUAAAAAGAACAGAAGGACCAGGAAUCCACAGAUCAUCAAUACAUAGCAAUAGAUCUUAAAAAAUUGAUAAUGACAAAUUGACCCAAGAUCAGAUCAAACAGCGAGAAAUACUUGCUUUAGAACUUGAAAUGAGUUAAAAAGAAAAGUAAUUUUUGGCUGAAAUUGAAAAUCUUAAAAUGGAUAUUAAAUAAUUAACACAUGAUCUCAAUGAAGCUUGGAAUGAAAAUGAUCAAAAAGAUAAAUAAAUAGAGCAACUUUAAACAUAAAAUUCACUUUUAUUAAAGGAAAAAUAAGAGCUCUAAAAAAAAUUAAUGGAGGAAAAGACAAUCCAAAAAAAAUAGUAAUCACCUUAAAAAAUAAUUGAACCUUAAAAUAAUUUAAUUAAUGAAAAGUAUCAUUGUCACGUUAUUUAGCUCUGCUCUCAUUGAAGGCUUGAAAAAAUAAAUUCAAGAGUUGUAAGAAGAAAUAAGUGAAUAUGAUGAAACAAUUAAUUCUCAUCAACAAGAAAUUUCAGACUGGAAAAAUAAAUAUUCAUAGCUCCAAAAGAAUAAAGAUGAAGUUGAUAAUUAUUAUGCAAGUAACUAAUCAAAUUACAUUUAGUUGCUUAUGAUAAAAUUGAGAGUCUUUUAGAAUUAAAGGAGGAAAUGGAAAAUUAAAGAAAGGAUGAUUAAAAUAAAAUCAAUUCAUUGGAAGGAAUCAUUAUAGUGUUAAAGAACAAUUUAGAUGAGCUUGAAAAUGAAAAAAAAAGAUUUUAAGAUUAAAUUGAUACAAUUCAAAAAAAUAAUUAAGAUUUGAGAGCUGAAAAUUUAAAAUUAUUUGAAUAAUUGGCUUCAAAACCUUUAGAAGUAAAUUUAAAUCUAUAAAAUGACUUGAUUGAAUUAUGCAACGCUCCCAGCAAUGGAGGAGAAGAGUUUAUCUAGUAGUUCAAUCAAUUAAGCGAUGAUUUUUCGAAUUUGAAAUCUAAAUAUACAGAAGCUUUGGAAUAGAAAUAAACUUUAGAAGAUGAAAAUAAUAGAAAGGCUAAAGAAAAUUCACUUUUAAAUGAUGCAAUUAAAAAAUUAGAAAAUAAAGUUAAAUCUUAAGAGGGAGAAAUUUAGGACUGGAUAAACAAAUAUAAUUCGAAAAACACCGAACUUAAUGCCAUUUUAGAGUAAGAGAAUAAUGAUAAAUUGAAAAUAGAAGAACUCGAGUUGCACAUAAAGGAUUAAGAAAUCAAAAUAAAUGAUUUAGAAAUAGCAUUAAAAUAUUCGUAAAAGGACUCAACCCCCAGAAAUAAAGAAAAUAAUACAAUAAAAUAAAGAGAAUUAGAGGAAAAAUUAAAGUAAGCCAAUGUACAAAUUAAUGAUUUGAAAAAAGAAAUUCAAUCUCUAUAGUAACAAUAAAAUAAUUAAGUUGAGUAAAAUGAUUAAGACCUCUAAUAAAUGAUUUAAGAUUUAGAAGAACAAAAUGAAAAAUUGAAACUCGACAAUGAUAAAUUAUUAUCUCAAUUACAUGAUGCAGAGAAACAGAUUUCUGAUUAAGAUUAAAUAAUCAAAUAAUAAAAAUAAAAAUAAGAAGAAUUAGAAUAAAAAUAUAAAUAAAUACCCAAAUCAAAUCCAAGUGAAAGUAAUCAGGAACAAGAAGCUUUAAUUGAAAGAUUAAUUUAAAAUAAUGAAUAAUUAGAAGUAAAAAAUUCGUAGUUAAUGUAAGAGUUGAAUUUAAUAAAGAAUAAGAAUAGUAAGAAUUUAAGAAGUAAAUUUAUUUUAGUAGGAAAGCUGAUGUAAAUCGAAAAAUUGAAUUCUGAUUUAGAAGAUAAAUUAAAAAAACAAAAAGGCAUCAUUAAUGAAUUAUUAGAAAAUUAAAAAAAUGAAAAUACAGAAAAAGAAAAUUCAUCUGAUCCAAUUCCAUAAGAUAACAAACCAUAAAUUGAAUAGCAAGCUGAAAAUGAGUAAGAUACUCAUUAAAACAUAAAGGAAGAAUUAGUAAAAUAAAAAUAAAGAAAUUAAAAGUUAUUAGGAAAAAUUUUCAGAAUAUUAACCAAACAAAAAUAAAAGGAUGCUAUUAUUUCAUAAUUAGAAGAAAGAAUUGAGAAAUAAAAAGCAAUAAAUUAAGAAUUAAUUGAAAAUUAAAAGAAUAGUGAAUAAUAACCAAAAAUAAAUGAAGAAGAAUAACAAUAAAAAGAAGUAGAAACUGUGCAUGAAUAACAACACUAAAUCUAAGAUAAUUAAUAGGAAUAAAAAAAUGAGAUUUUAAAGCUUAAGACUUAAAAUUAAAAAUUAUUAUCAAAAAUUUUAAGAAUAAUGACCAAAUUAAAAAUAUAAGAAGAUGAAGUAUAAAAUUUAAACGAAAGACUUAAAAAAUAAUAAGCCAUAAAUGAUGCAAUCACUACUGAGCCUAAAGAAUAAGAAGAGGAAUAAUCUGAAUAAGAAUAAUUAAUAAUAGAUGACUAAUAAAAUAAUAAAUAAAUUAACUUGGAAGUAGAGAACAAAGAUGUUGACUAUGAUUAAUUGAAAAUAAAAAAUUAAAAUUAAAGACUUUAGGGUAAAUUAUUUAGAACUAUGUUUUUAUUAAAUAAAAAAAAUAAUGAAAUUGAGUCAUUAUUGCAGAGAAUUUAGAAAUAAAAAGCAUAAAUUGAGGAAUUAAAUAAUUAGAUUCACGAAAAUAGUAUAAAUACAAAUUAGAUUGAGGAAUAAGAAAAAGAACCAAACUAUAAUUUAUAAAAUAAUUAGGCUGAACAACCCUAAUAGGAGUUUAAUUCAAAUGAAAUCGAACAAUAGAAUGAUGCUUUAAGAAAUCAAAAGAUUAAUAAGAUGGCUGCUAAAUUAUUCAUGAUUAUGAGUAAAUUUAAUAAAUAAAAUAAACUGAUAGAAAAUUUAAACGAAAGACUAUCUAAGUAUAAAGCAAUUAUUGAAUCUUAAAGUUAAGAGAAUUAAUAACCUUAAGCUGAAAAUAUUAACAUUAUUGAUGAAAAAUUAGAAAAUGAUAAACAUUCAACAGAUUAAUAAAUGGAACUGUAAAAUGUUAAUGAGUAAGAGAACGUUAGACUCAAGAAUUAAAAUAACAAAUUAUUAGUCAAAUUAUUCAGAGUUAUGAGCGGAUUUACCAGAAAAAAUAAUUAAAUUCAAUUGCUAGAAUAAAGAUUAACAAAAUUACAAGCAAUUAUUGACACAUUAACAUAAGAACAAGCUCCAAAUUAAGAAGUUUAAGAAGUUUAGGAAUAAUCCAAUUUUCAAAAUAAAGAGAAUCAAAAUAUUUAACCUAACUCUGAAUCAUAAGAAUAAUAGAUUAAACAUUAAAAUGAAAUUUCUAUUUGGAAAUAAAAAUAUAAUAAAUUGCUUGCAAAGUUAUUUAGAAUUUUGAGUAAUCAAAAGAAAAAAGAUAAAGAAUUAAUUUAAUUAAAUGAAAGAUUAAAUAAAUAAAAAGCCAUUAAUGAUGAAUUAAUGGAAGAAAAAAAUUAGGAUGCUUAAAUAAAAUUGGAACCGGAGUUAAAUCAUUAGGAAAUUUCACUUCAAGCUGCAUCUGAAAUAAAUCCAGAAAAAUAACCAGAAAUAUUUAACAGCAAUGAAUUCUUGAAGAUUAAGAACCAAAAUGUUAAAGCUUUAUCCAAAUUAUUUAGGUUAUCAUUUUUGCUGUAAAAAUAGAACAAAGAAAAUAAAUAAUUAAAUGAUAGGCUAGUUAAAUAAAAUGCAAUAAUAGAAGAAUUUUCAAAAAUAUAAAAUAGUUCACAUUAAUUAAAAUUAAAAAACGGCAAACUUUUAGCAAAACUAUUUAUUCUUACUAGCAAUUUAAAUAUUUAAAAUAAAGCAAAUGAGGAAUUAUCAAGAAAACUAUUACAAAAGAAUGCAUAAUUACAAUAAUUAGUUGAAAGCUCUAAUGAGGAAGAAAAAAAUUCUUAGAUGGAUUUAUUAUAAAAACAACCAGAAUAAAAAGAAGAUCUCCAAAAUCAAAAUUAAAAUGAAAACUCAAAAUUGGAAAAUCAAAGGUUAGAGAUUUAAAAUAAAAAAUAUCUUGCCAAAAUAUUUAAAUUAUUGUGCCAAAUGUUUUAAAAAGAUAGAGAAAAUGAUUAAUUAGUGAGAAGACUAUCAAAAUAAAAAGCAAUAGUCUAGGAUCUUAUUGAUAAUUAAAACUACUAUGAAUAAUAAACUGACGAUGGAGUAGAAAAUAUGGAACCUUAAUAAGUUGAAACUGGCAGCGUUGCCUAAAAAGAUUUAUAGAAACUAUAAAAAGCAAAUGAAAAAAUGCUAGCAAAAUAAUUCAAACUUCUUUUCACAAUUAAAAAAUUGGAAAAUUAACUUGAAAAUGCUUUAUAGAGAUUGUAAAAAUAAAAAGAAAUAAAUCUACAAAGUUUAAAAAAGAUUGAUGAAUAAGAUAUUGAUUUGAAAUAGCUAUAAGAAUAAAUAUAAGUUUUAAAGAAUGAAUUACAAUAAUAAAAAGAUAAUUUGAAUCCUUCUAAAGAUUAAAAAGAAAAAUAAGAUGUUAAAACCAAUUAAGAUUAUUAUAAAAAUAAAUAUAAUAAUCUAUUAGAAGAACAUCUUCAUUUGUUAAAUGUAGGAGAUUUAAUUAACGAAUAAGAAAAGCAACUAAGAAAAGAAUUCAGAUAAUAAUUAGAAGAAGAAAAAUUAAAAGCAAAAGAUCUAUUCAAUAAUUUGUUGAAUGAACAUUUGAAAUUGUAGGAAGAAUGCGAAAAAGCUAUUGAUGCUUUGAAUUCAGUCAAUAAAAAUUAAGAUUUGUUAGUAGAUAAGAAUGAACUCGAAACAAUCAAAAAUAAAUUUAACUCAUUAUUGUCUGAACAUUUAGCCUUAGAAGAAUUAAAUGAUGGAUUAAAUAAAAAGUAAGAUGAUAUAAAGAAAGAUCAUGAAAAAUAAUUAGAUGAGGAAAUUUAAAAGCAAAAAGAGAAAUAUAACAAAUUAUUAAAUUAAUAUUUACUCUUGGAAAUGUAAAGGGAUGGUAUUUUAUAAGAGUAAAGUCCAAAAUUAGAAAAUCAACUUGACUUAGAUAAAGAUGAUGAUGUUAUUUAGAAAUAAUCGGAAAUUGCAAAUGAAAAUAAAGAAAAAGAAUAAAUACAUAAUUAAUAAAACUAAGAAUAAGUGAAAUCACUUCUUGAUUAGUUACAUUGGUUAGAAAACUAAAAUUCAUAAUUAAAAUAAGAACUAGAAAAUAUGAAAAACCUUUUAGAAAAAACAGCAUAAGCUGAACCAUAAUAAAUAGUAAAAACUGAACCCACUACUGAGCCAUUGAAGAUAGAACCAAGCUCUGAAGAAUAUUAUAAAAAUAAAUAUAACAAUCUAUUAGAGGAACAUCUUCAUUUGUUAAAUGUAGGAGAUUUAAUUAACGAAUAAGAAAAGCAACUAAGAAAAGAAUUCAGAUAAUAAUUAGAAGAAGAAAAAUUAAAAGCAAAAGAUCUAUUCAAUAAUUUGUUGAAUGAACAUUUGAAAUUGUAGGAAGAAUGCGAAAAAGCUAUUGAUGCUUUGAAUUCAGUCAAUAAAAAUUAAGAUUUGUUAGUAGAUAAGAAUGAACUCGAAACAAUCAAAAAUAAAUUUAACUCAUUAUUGUCUGAACAUUUAGCCUUAGAAGAAUUAAAUGAUGGAUUAAAUAAAAAGUAAGAUGAUAUAAAGAAAGAUCAUGAAAAAUAAUUAGAUGAGGAAAUUUAAAAGCAAAAAGAGAAAUAUAACAAAUUAUUAAAUUAAUAUUUACUCUUGGAAAUGUAAAGGGAUGGUAUUUUAUAAGAGUAAAGUCCAAAAUUAGAAAAUCAACUUGACUUAGAUAAAGAUGAUGAUGUUAUUUAGAAAUAAUCGGAAAUUGCAAAUGAAAAUAAAGAAAAAGAAUAAAUACAUAAUGUAUAAAACUAAGAAUAGGUGAAAUAACUUCUUGAUUAGUUAAAUUGGUUAGAAAACUAAAAUUCAUAAUUAAAAUAAGAACUAGAAGCAAUUAAACUUAAUAACAAUAGUAGGUAACUGAUGGAAAAUAUUGAGACAGAGGAAAAAGAACCAAGUAAAUAACAAUCAAAUUAAGAAUAAAUUGACAAAAGUACUGAAGACUAUUAUAAAAAUAAAUAUAAUAAUCUAUUAGAAGAACAUCUUCAUUUGUUAAAUGUAGGAGAUUUAAUUAACGAAUAAGAAAAGCAACUAAGAAAAGAAUUCAGAUAAUAAUUAGAAGAAGAAAAAUUAAAAGCAAAAGAUCUAUUCAAUAAUUUGUUGAAUGAACAUUUGAAAUUGUAAGAAGAAUGCGAAAGAGCUAUAGAUGCUUUGAAUUCAGUCAAUAAAAAUUAAGAUUUGUUAGUAGAUAAGAAUGAACUCGAAACAAUCAAAAAUAAAUUUAACUCAUUAUUGUCUGAACAUUUAGCCUUAGAAGAAUUAAAUGAUGGAUUAAAUAAAAAGUAAGAUGAUAUAAAGAAAGAUCAUGAAAAAUAAUUAGAUGAGGAAAUUUAAAAGCAAAAAGAGAAAUAUAACAAAUUAUUAAAUUAAUAUUUACUCUUGGAAAUGUAAAGGGAUGGUAUUUUAUAAGAGUAAAGUCCAAAAUUAGAAAAUCAACUUGACUUAGAUAAAGAUGAUGACGUUAUUUAGAAAUAAUCGGAAAUUGCAAAUGAAAAUAAAGAAAAAGAUUAAAUGCAUAAUGUAUAAAACUAAGAAUAGGUGAAAUAACUUCUCGAUUAGUUAAAUUAGUUAGAAAACUAAAAUUCAUAACUAAAAUAUGAACUAGAAAAUAUGAAAAACCUUUUAGAAAAAACAGCAUAAGCUGAACCAUAAUAAAUAGUAAAAACUGAACCCACUAUUGAGCCAUUGAAGAUAGAACCAAGCUCUGAAGAAUAUUAUAAAAAUAAAUAUAACAAUCUAUUAGAGGAACAUCUUCAUUUGUUAAAUGUAGGAGAUUUAAUUAACGAAUAAGAAAAGCAACUAAGAAAAGAAUUCAGAUAAUAAUUAGAAGAAGAAAAAUUAAAAGCAAAAGAUCUAUUCAAUAAUUUGUUGAAUGAACAUUUGAAAUUGUAAGAAGAAUGCGAAAGAGCUAUAGAUGCUUUGAAUUCAGUCAAUAAAAAUUAAGAUUUGUUAGUAGAUAAGAAUGAACUCGAAACAAUCAAAAAUAAAUUUAACUCAUUAUUGUCUGAACAUUUAGCCUUAGAAGAAUUAAAUGAUGGAUUAAAUAAAAAGUAAGAUGAUAUAAAGAAAGAUCAUGAAAAAUAAUUAGAUGAGGAAAUUUAAAAGCAAAAAGAGAAAUAUAACAAAUUAUUAAAUUAAUAUUUACUCUUGGAAAUGUAAAGGGAUGGUAUUUUAUAAGAGUAAAGUCCAAAAUUAGAAAAUCAACUUGACUUAGAUAAAGAUGAUGACGUUAUUUAGAAAUAAUCGGAAAUUGCAAAUGAAAAUAAAGAAAAAGAAUAAAUACAUAAUGUAUAAAACUAAGAAUAGGUGAAAUAACUUCUUGAUUAGUUAAAUUGGUUAGAAAACUAAAAUUCAUAAUUAAAAUAAGAACUAGAAGCAAUUAAACUUAAUAACAAUAGUAGGUAACUGAUGGAAAAUAUUGAGACAGAGGAAAAAGAACCAAGUAAAUAACAAUCAAAUUAAGAAUAAAUUGACAAAAGUACUGAAGACUAUUAUAAAAAUAAAUAUAAUAAUCUAUUAGAAGAACAUCUUCAUUUGUUAAAUGUAGGAGAUUUAAUUAACGAAUAAGAAAAGCAACUAAGAAAAGAAUUCAGAUAAUAAUUAGAAGAAGAAAAAUUAAAAGCAAAAGAUCUAUUCAAUAAUUUGUUGAAUGAACAUUUGAAAUUGUAAGAAGAAUGCGAAAAAGCUAUUGAUGCUUUGAAUUCAGUCAAUAAAAAUUAAGAUUUGUUAGUAGAUAAGAAUGAACUCGAAACAAUCAAAAAUAAAUUUAACUCAUUAUUGUCUGAACAUUUAGCCUUAGAAGAAUUAAAUGAUGGAUUAAAUAAAAAGUAAGAUGAUAUAAAGAAAGAUCAUGAAAAAUAAUUAGAUGAGGAAAUUUAAAAGCAAAAAGAGAAAUAUAACAAAUUAUUAAAUUAAUAUUUACUCUUGGAAAUGUAAAGGGAUGGUAUUUUAUAAGAGUAAAGUCCAAAAUUAGAAAAUCAACUUGACUUAGAUAAAGAUGAUGACGUUAUUUAGAAAUAAUCGGAAAUUGCAAAUGAAAAUAAAGAAAAAGAAUAAAUACAUAAUGUAUAAAACUAAGAAUAGGUGAAAUAACUUCUUGAUUAGUUAAAUUGGUUAGAAAACUAAAAUUCAUAAUUAAAAUAAGAACUAGAAGCAAUUAAACUUAAUAACAAUAGUAGGUAACUGAUGGAAAAUAUUGAGACAGAGGAAAAAGAACCAAGUAAAUAACAAUCAAAUUAAGAAUAAAUUGACAAAAGUACUGAAGACUAUUAUAAAAAUAAAUAUAAUAAUCUAUUAGAAGAACAUCUUCAUUUGUUAAAUGUAGGAGAUUUAAUUAACGAAUAAGAAAAGCAACUAAGAAAAGAAUUCAGAUAAUAAUUAGAAGAAGAAAAAUUAAAAGCAAAAGAUCUAUUCAAUAAUUUGUUGAAUGAACAUUUGAAAUUGUAAGAAGAAUGCGAAAAAGCUAUUGAUGCUUUGAAUUCAGUCAAUAAAAAUUAAGAUUUGUUAGUAGAUAAGAAUGAACUCGAAACAAUCAAAAAUAAAUUUAACUCAUUAUUGUCUGAACAUUUAGCCUUAGAAGAAUUAAAUGAUGGAUUAAAUAAAAAGUAAGAUGAUAUAAAGAAAGAUCAUGAAAAAUAAUUAGAUGAGGAAAUUUAAAAGCAAAAAGAGAAAUAUAACAAAUUAUUAAAUUAAUAUUUACUCUUGGAAAUGUAAAGGGAUGGUAUUUUAUAAGAGUAAAGUCCAAAAUUAGAAAAUCAACUUGACUUAGAUAAAGAUGAUGACGUUAUUUAGAAAUAAUCGGAAAUUGCAAAUGAAAAUAAAGAAAAAGAAUAAAUACAUAAUGUAUAAAACUAAGAAUAGGUGAAAUAACUUCUUGAUUAGUUAAAUUGGUUAGAAAACUAAAAUUCAUAAUUAAAAUAAGAACUAGAAGCAAUUAAACUUAAUAACAAUAGUAGGUAACUGAUGGAAAAUAUUGAGACAGAGGAAAAAGAACCAAGUAAAUAACAAUCAAAUUAAGAAUAAAUUGACAAAAGUACUGAAGACUAUUAUAAAAAUAAAUAUAAUAAUCUAUUAGAAGAACAUCUUCAUUUGUUAAAUGUAGGAGAUUUAAUUAACGAAUAAGAAAAGCAACUAAGAAAAGAAUUCAGAUAAUAAUUAGAAGAAGAAAAAUUAAAAGCAAAAGAUCUAUUCAAUAAUUUGUUGAAUGAACAUUUGAAAUUGUAGGAAGAAUGCGAAAAAGCUAUUGAUGCUUUGAAUUCAGUCAAUAAAAAUUAAGAUUUGUUAGUAGAUAAGAAUGAACUCGAAACAAUCAAAAAUAAAUUUAACUCAUUAUUGUCUGAACAUUUAGCCUUAGAAGAAUUAAAUGAUGGAUUAAAUAAAAAGUAAGAUGAUAUAAAGAAAGAUCAUGAAAAAUAAUUAGAUGAGGAAAUUUAAAAGCAAAAAGAGAAAUAUAACAAAUUAUUAAAUUAAUAUUUACUCUUGGAAAUGUAAAGGGAUGGUAUUUUAUAAGAGUAAAGUCCAAAAUUAGAAAAUCAACUUGACUUAGAUAAAGAUGAUGAUGUUAUUUAGAAAUAAUCGGAAAUUGCAAAUGAAAAUAAAGAAAAAGAAUAAAUACAUAAUUAAUAAAACUAAGAAUAAGUGAAAUCACUUCUUGAUUAGUUACAUUGGUUAGAAAACUAAAAUUCAUAAUUAAAAUAAGAACUAGAAAAUAUGAAAAACCUUUUAGAAAAAACAGCAUAAGCUGAACCAUAAUAAAUAGUAAAAACUGAACCCACUACUGAGCCAUUGAAGAUAGAACCAAGCUCUGAAGAAUAUUAUAAAAAUAAAUAUAACAAUCUAUUAGAGGAACAUCUUCAUUUGUUAAAUGUAGGAGAUUUAAUUAACGAAUAAGAAAAGCAACUAAGAAAAGAAUUCAGAUAAUAAUUAGAAGAAGAAAAAUUAAAAGCAAAGGAUCUAUUCAAUAAUUUGUUGAAUGAACAUUUGAAAUUGUAAGAAGAAUGCGAAAAAGCUAUUGAUGCUUUGAAUUCAGUCAAUAAAAAUUAAGAUUUGUUAGUAGAUAAGAAUGAACUCGAAACAAUUAAAAAUAAAUUUAAUUCAUUAUUGUCUGAACAUUUAGCUUUAGAAGAAUUAAAUGAUGGAUUAAAUAAAAAGUAAGAUGAUAUAAAGAAAGAUCAUGAAAAAUAAUUAGAUGAGGAAAUUUAAAAGCAAAAAGAGAAAUAUAACAAAUUAUUAAAUUAAUAUUUACUCUUGGAAAUGUAAAGAGAUGGUAUUUUAUAAGAGUAAAGUCCAAAAUUAGAAAAUCAACUUGAUUUAGAUAAAGAUGAUGACGUUGUUGAGAAAAAAUAAAAGUAAGGUCACAACCUUAAUAAUGAUGAAUAAUAGAUAACCCUUUUCGGGGCUUAAGGCGAGGAAAAUUCACCAUAAUUAGAAGAAAUUUAAAAUUAUAAAUAACAAAUAACAGAACUUUAAUCAUAAUUAUUAUUAUUAAAUGAGGAGAAGGAUAAUCUUUAGAAAUUGAAUUUAUAAUUAGCUGACUAAUUAAAUAAGAUUCAAAAUCAAUCUAAUUUAAAAUCCUCUGAAACUCUAGAUAAGUUAGUUGAAAAAAAAGAUGAACAACUGAAUUCAACAAAUCAACAGUCCUAAGAAAGAUUUAAUAAAGAAAAUGAAAUUUUUGAGAAACAAGGAUUAGAAUUAGCUCAAUAAAGAUAGGAAUUAUUAGCUGCAUAAGAAUAAUUAAGUAAGUAAGAAAUAUUAAUAACAAAAUUUGAAAAAGACAAAGAACUUUUGGAAAACGAAUGUAAUUAACUAAAAACAUAAGUUGAUGAGCUAUAGUCGAAACUAGAAAAUUAGGAGCAAAAGUUGAAUGAAAAAACCGCUCACUUUGUCUAAACGAUGGAAUAGUUAUUGAAGGAAAACUAAGAUGAUUUUGAAGAAAACAAAUAAUUAGUUCUCUUAAAUCAAGCUACUUAGCCUGUUAUAUAAAUUCUCAAAAAGCUUUAACAUGAUUAGGAAUUAAAAUAAUCAAGAAAAUAGAGUUAAGACCUAUGUUCUACUUAAGAAAACGAAAAAGAAAUUAUUUAAUUGAAACAUUAUAUUAAAACACUGGAAGAUAAUAGGCAGUAAUAUAGUGAUGGGAUUAGCGUUUUAAAUAGGAAAUUAAUAGAAUUAUUUAACAAAAAUUCUCUCUUAUAAACAUAAAUACAGUAAUUAAACUAAUAAAGGUAUUUAUCUAGCAAUAUUUAAUAGUUAAAUGAACUGA